CGGCGGGGCGGGGCCUGCGCGGGGGCGGGACCAGCGCUGGCGAUGGCGGCGGCUCCGCGGUGGCGGGAGCGGCUCUUCGCCCUCUAUUUCCUCUCGCACAUCCCGAUCACGGCGCUCAUCGACCUGCAGCCGCUGCUGCCCGCCGGGAUCGCGCCGCGGGCCCUGACAGACCUGUUGCAGCAGUAUGCAACUGCCUUCAGGGACCCCAUGAUGCUGCAGCCCCCAGAGUGGUUCAAGGCGUUCAUCUACUGCGAAGCCUUUCUCCAGCUGCCCUUCUUCCCCAUCGCUGCCUACGCCUUCCUGAAAGGUGGCUGCAGAUGGAUCAGGACUCCUGCCAUUAUCUACUCCACCCACGUGGCCACCACUCUGUUUGCCAUCCUGGCCCACAUCCUGUUCCACGACUUCUCCAGGUCGGAGCAGGGGGGCCCCCAGACGCUGCGCGAGCGCCUGCUGCUGCUCUCCAUCUACCUGCCCUACCUGCUGAUCCCGCUGCUGCUGCUCUUCACCAUGCUCUGCAACCCCCACUACAAACACGUGGAGAAGAGGAAAAGGAAGUAGGUGGCUCUGGAGGUGGCACACACACACCUGGGCUGCAUUUGGUUCUGACCCUGAGCUGCUGGAGUCCUCUGGGACAAACGUCUCCCUCGAGUUGGCUGCAGCUCUUCCCAGAGCACCGGCUGCUGCAAGGAAAAAUGGAAUUGCUUGGAGUGCACAGCCCUGCUGCCACCACACACAGCUCUGGCAGGGGCCUGGGCCAGCCUGGGGUCGGCUCUGGGCAGGGCCUCUCUCCCAGGAAAAUGGACUUUUAACCCCUUGAUGUAUAACUCUGCGAGGGGACACACACACACUCACACUCUGCAGCUGAUACUGUUCUUCCAGGGCCCCUUUUUCCAAGAUGACUGUUUGGAAACCACUCAAGUAGGAAAUUUGUCUUCCAACCACAUAUUCUGAAGAGUGCCCAACCUAUUACACACAGAUUUGCAGAGCUGAUCUUCUGAAGCAUUUAAAAUCAUAUUGUGAUUCUUAACUUCCUUGCCCCUUCCUUUAAAAUUUCCACUGCCUUUGCUCUGCUUCAUUUUGAUUUAUUAUAAAUGUCUGAUCAAUGAUAAAUGUGUGCCAAAAUCUGGGUUUAUGAAUGCUUAAAGUUACCCUUGACAACCUGGAGUACUGCCUAGAGGAUUCUGAAGUACUUCAGGAAUUGUAACCAAGGAGCUGGAAAUUUCUUUUGUCCCUAAAAUCACUUCUGGUAUGGAAAUAAAUAACUAAACGCAUUAAA